AUGUUUUAAAAAGUUGUUAUCUCAGAAUGGGAAAUGUUUGCAUGAUAUUACAUAACAUCAGAACAAGGACAUUUAAAUGACGUCACUGUUCUAUAAAAUAAUGUUACAUAACAAUUUGCUGUUUAGUCGAAUUCAGAUGACGGUGUUUUAGACCACACGAAACUAAGGCAAGGAGUUUUCAUCUUAGUUUGCUGUAAUUACACCUUCAAAAACUUUGUGGUUGAAAUGGCCCUCGACGGGAAGACAGCGCUCGUGACUGGGUUUGCUGGAGCCAUUGGAUCAACCAUCGCCAAGACCCUAGCGAAUGCCGGAUGUGACGUUAUUGGUAUAGAUAGAGUGAAACAAAAAAUUGCUCAAAAGUCCAUUGAUGAAAUCAAAGCUGGAAAUAGACAAGAUAUCAGUUACUUUGAAUGUGACCUUUUAAAGAAAGAAGAUGUCAAAAAAGUUUCUCUGGAAAUAAAGCCUACAUGUAAAGUUGACAUUAUAGUUAACGUAGCUGGCCGAUUAACGGUUGACAAAGUAGAAGAUAUGACAGCCGAGGACUGGGAUGAGGAUAUUGGAAUCAAUUUGACUGCUCCGUUUCUAGUUAUCAAGCAGUUUCUCGGUUCUAUGAAAGAGAAAGGUUGGGGCAGAAUAUUAAAUAUUUCAUCCACCUGUGGACUUGUGGCCCGGCCCUCAAUGUCAAGCUACGUUGCCUCAAAGACAGGAUUGGUUGGACUCACGAGGGCAGUGGCUCUCGAGUCAGCAGAAUUCGGUGUAACAUGUAACGCCAUUUGUCCUUCAACAGUUGAUACUCCUCUUGUAACGAAGAUGAUAAAAGAUUUUCAGAAGACUUCUACCAAAAGCUUUGACGAAAUAAAAGAGGAAUAUCUACAAUGUCUGCCUACAAAACGGUUCACAGAGGCUAGCCAGAUAGCUGAUUUGGUUGUAUUCCUUUGCUCCCCUGCUGGAAACAAUAUAACAGGCACAGCGAUACCUGUGGAUGGGGGCUACACAACAUCAUAAAAUCUAAAACAAAAAUGUUUGUCAAAGAUACUUCCAUUAUAAUCUAAACACAUCUUUAUUGUUAUGAUUUACGAAUGUGUCAAAUAAAAACUGUCUGUUCUCUUAA